AUGAAGUCCUGUAUUGACGACAAUAAAGUGGUUGAUGUGAACCAAAUGAGCGCAUUCCUCGACAUCAGGACCAAAAUCAUUAGUCGAUUAACGCCUCAAAGCAGUGGAUCAGUUGUGAGCGAAACCCAACAGUCGGACAAUUAUGUGAUGAGCCAUCGAUUUGAAGACCUAUCGUCUGAUAAGCCAACGGACGAAGUGGUGAAUGAUUUGGAUCCGUUUGACGACGACUUCGAGCAACACGUGGAAGGCCUUAAUUUCAAUGACUUAGUGUCUGAUCCGCAGCUCAAAGACAGUGUCACUAAGCCUAUGGAUCAGUCAAUCAUUGAUUUGUGUGAUAACAACAGCGAAGAGUAUGUUUCAAUGCCGUCGCCAUUCAGUGAAGACUCUGUGAUAAUAUCGGCUGAAAUUGAGUGCAAAUCGAGCGGUAAUUAUAAGGAUAACUAUAACGACAUUGAAGUGAUUGAUGAUAUGGAAGAUUUUGAACGCAAUGUAUGGCCCGACAGAACCGAUAUAAAUGACACAUCAUUUGAUUUAUACGAAACUAAUAGCGAUUAUAAUAAUUUGAAUAAUGGCUUUGAAUCGGAAAAGACGACUCCAAUUGAAUACGAUUUCAAUAAGAGUAUCGAUCAAACAAAUGGUCACAAAACAAACUUAAACACAUCAAGUGAUGGCAAAUUUGUGGGCAUUUAUAAGAACGACGGCAACGACUCGUAUUUGAAGCGAACAAAUUUCCCACAUUCUGUCGAAAUGGAGAGAAAGUUUCGCCAAUUCUUUAAUCUGAAGACUUUUCGAUCGAAUCAAAUGGAAGCGAUUAAUGCGGCGCUCCUUGGAAUGGAUUGCCUGAUACUGAUGCCAACGGGCGGUGGAAAGAGUCUGUGCUAUCAAUUGCCGGCUGUUGUGAGCAAAGGCGUGACUAUUGUGGUGUCUCCGCUCAAGUCACUGAUCAUGGAUCAGGUGGAGAAGAUCACCAGUAAAGGCGAUGGUAUGGCCAAAGCGUUGACGGGCGAUAUGGACGCGCAUGAAUCAAGUCUUGUAUACUCGGACCUGAGGUGCAAAGAGCCCACUAUUAAGCUGUUGUUCGUCACACCGGAGAAGAUUAGCGCGAGUACUGCUCUCAUAUCAGUGUUUCAUGACUUGCGCGCCAAACAAAUGCUGUCCCGAUUUGUGAUCGAUGAGGCGCAUUGUGUCAGCCAAUGGGGACACGAUUUUAGGCCCGAUUAUCAACGGCUCAGUGUAUUGCGAGAACAGUUCCCAUCGGUUCCCAUAAUGGCGUUGACGGCGACGGCCACACAAAAAGUGCGUUUGGAUAUAUUGGCGCAGUUGGGCAUUGAUAAGACGUCCACCAAAUGGUUUAUGCAGUCAUUCAAUCGACCGAACCUUAAGUUUGAAGUCCGACCGAAGACUCGCACCUCUUAUGAGGAGAUUAAGUUCUUGCUUAAGAAUGACUUCCGAUCAAAAUGUGGUAUUAUUUACUGUUUGUCUCGCAAAGAGUGCGACAACUUAUCGGUUAAAUUAGCCGGCGAUCAGAUAAAGGCGCGGUCAUAUCACGCGGGACUCAGCGAUGGCGACCGCAAACGUAUUCAAGAGGACUGGAUUAAGAAUAGAUAUCACGUGAUUUGCGCCACAAUUGCCUUCGGUAUGGGUAUCGAUAAGGCGGACGUCCGGUUCGUUAUCCACAACUCAAUGCCCAAAUCAAUUGAGGGCUACUAUCAAGAGGUGGGUCGGGCCGGACGUGACGGAGAUAUAGCCCAUUGUAUACUCUAUUACAGCGGCAAUGACUUUCAGACCUGGAAGAAGAUUUUGGCCAAGUCUUCAAAGGGAAGAAUACGCGAUGUGUUCAUGAAAUACCUGUAUUUGACUGAAUUCUAUUGUAAUAAUAAGGCUGAAUGUCGAAGAGUACAACUGCUAAGAUAUUUUGGUGAAGUAUUUGCGGCCGAAAAUUGUAAUAAAAACCUGUUAACCGUUUGCGACAACUGUCUUGAGUCGAAAGACCUGUACCACAGCAUUGAUAUUACAGAAGAUGUGAAGUCUAUAUUGCAAUCAAUUGAAACUUUGGUCGGAAAGUUUGGCCAAACGCGCAAAGAGAAUAUCCCUCUCACAAAAGUGUUUCCCAUUUUCUAUGGAAGCGAUAAAUUGGAGUCGAGAUAUACGAAGGUUUCCAUGCAUUUAAAGGGAAAACGUUUCUGCCGUACGGACGCCGACCGGCUCUUCAAGAAUCUAAUCUGUGAUAAAUAUCUGUCAGAAGACACGACUAUAUCCAACCCGAAAGGCAUACUCAUAGCUCACAGUUACAUAAAACUCGGUGAGAAAGCAAAGGAUAUUCUCUAUAAUGGGCAGAGAUUCAACUUUUUAGUCCUCAAACGAAACUCCAAUUUUAGAGGAGAGUUAAGCGUCGGCGGCAGUAGUGGCAGCCCAUACAGUGGUGCCUCCACUUCGACCAAAGGCUGGGGUCAAUACAAGGCCAAACCGACCCGCAAACCUACCAGCAAACCCACCAGCGCUUCCAAUUCAAAGUACUUCAACUCCUCAUCCAAACCGGCGUCGAGUUUUGGUUAUAAAACGGGUUCAUUUAUAUCAGUGCCUAAACGCAAGCCUAAAAAGCCUCAACUUUGA